GAGCACCGGGGGCCCCUCAUCGUCGAUCGCCCGAAGCUUCGAGACGUGUCGAAUAUGGCUGUGAAUCCAUAUUCGCUGAAAGCCUUGGAGGAGGAGAAGCUGCAGGAGUUGCAUGAUUGCAACAGGAUGCUGGAAGAGCAGAAGGCCUUGAAGAAGGAAGCCAAAGCAAUGCCGAAAGCUAAGGGCAGGGCUAAAGGCAAAGCAAAGGCUGCUCCGAAGGCUAAG